ACAUAAGGGGAAAAACUGCCAACAGAUUCGAAAGCCUGGUUUACGACCCAAAAUGAAAGUAAUCCUUGUACUAACUGCUCUGCUAGCCGCCGGCACCUCCCUUUCCACUAAGGAGCGCAUUCAUGGCGAGAACGGCUGGUAUGUACCGAAAAUAGAUGGCACCAGAAAGUGGAUGGAUCUGCACAAGGCCAAGAAGCUGUUGGUCAACGUUAAAAGAUUCGUUUUCGAAGCUGAUGUCUCCUUCUAUCUCUACACCAGUUCAAAUCCAACCAAUGGCGAGGAAAUCAGCUCCUCGGAAGAGUCUAUAUAUGAUUCGCACUUCAACAAGAAACAUCCGACGCGUUUUGUUAUUCACGGCUGGACGAAGAGCUAUUUGGACUCGUUGAGCCGUAUAAUUACCAAGGCCUGGCUGUCCAGUGGUGAAUACAAUAUCAUUGUUGUAGACUGGGCGGGUGCUCGCACUAACUACCUCGCCGCUGUGCUGGCUGUGCCCGGUGUUGGCGCCAGGGUGGGUGAUAUGAUCGAGUACCUGCACGAUAGUCACGGCAUGUCCCUGAAGAGCCUGAUAGUCAUUGGUCACAGCCUGGGCGCCCAUGUUGCUGGUUAUGCUGGCAAGACCGUUGGUAGUGGUCGUAUCCAUACCAUUAUCGGAUUGGAUCCUGCUCUGCCCCUCUUCAGCUAUUACGAGCCCAACCGUCGUCUGUCUUCCAAUGACGCCUUCUACGUGGAGACCAUUCACACCAACGGAGGCAUUUUUGGUUUCCUCAAGCCCAUUGGCAAGGGCGCCUUCUAUCCCAACGGCGGCAUCCGACAGCCCAACUGCAGUUUAGUCGGAUUCUGCUCCCACGUUCGCGCAGUCAUCUACUAUGCUGAAGCUGUCACCCGCAACAACUUUGCAGCCAUCAAAUGCAGGAACUUCAUAGCAGCUAUCGGAAAGGAUUGCGGCAGAACCUACACCCACGUUCGCAUGGGGGCCGUUACCAACGCGAAUAGGGCUGAAGGCACCUACUACGUUCCUGUGAAGCAGAGAGCACCCUUUGGCUACAACAACCUACCAACUGAUUUGUAGAAGACUGUAUUUUUGUGAAAUAU